UAUUCAAUCUGCCCACCAUACGACUCAACUAUUGUCAAACAUGUCUGGUAAAAGCAGUAUGGAAAAGGUAUCUGAAAUCGACACACAUGUCACUAAGCAGUAUGACAUUAUUCGAAGGCUCGGCAAAGGGGCUUACGGAAUCGUCUGGAAAGCAGUAGAUAAACGGUCCAAAGAGACUGUAGCAGUGAAAAAGAUUUUUGAUGCAUUCCGGAAUCAAACAGAUGCUCAACGUACCUUUCGUGAAAUUAUGUUCUUGUUGUCAUUUGCUAACCAUGAAAAUAUUAUCCAACUCAUAGGACUGCACAAGGCAAACAACAACAAGGACAUUUACCUUGUCUUCGAAUACAUGGAAACUGAUUUACACAAUGUGAUAAAACGGGGCAAUAUUUUGCAAGACAUUCACAAGGUGUUCAUAAUGUACCAACUUUUCAAGGCAAUUAAAUACAUCCACUCGGGAAACGUGAUACACAGAGAUCUGAAGCCAUCUAACAUUCUCCUUAAUGCGCAAUGUCAUUGCAAAAUUGCUGACUUUGGGCUGGCUCGAUCUGUUACUCAGAUAUGCGAAGGUGAUAGGGAAUCGGGAAGCGAUCCGACACUCACGGAUUAUGUCGCCACUCGCUGGUACAGAGCGCCAGAGAUCCUUAUUGCAUCGAAGCGGUACACAAAAGGCAUAGACAUGUGGUCUUUGGGAUGCAUUUUAGGUGAAAUGCUACUAGAAAAACCUCUUUUUCCUGGUUCCUCUACGAUAAAUCAGGUAGAAAGGAUAAUGGGGACUUUGCCACAUCCUACAGAAGAAGAUUUAAACUCCGUUAGCGCAGGAUAUGGUACAAAUUUAUUAGAGAAGACGCCCGCGGGUCCACGUCGCUCCAUUAGAGACCUUCUGCCAAAUGUUCCUGAGAGUGCAAUAAAUUUAAUAAAUAAAUUGAUUGUCUUCAAUCCCAAUCGCAGAUUAACAGCAAUUGAGGCAUUAGAACAUCCGUAUGUUGCUGAUUUCCAUACUAAAGGCAAUGAGCCAGAAAGGGGAUCGAACGUUGUACCUUUGCUCAGAGAUGAUGUACAGUUAUCGGUAGAUGAUUAUAGAAACAAACUUUAUGCUAUGAUGGACGAAAAGCACAAAAAACACAACAACAUGUCGAAAUCUAGGAUCAGGAGGCUGUCAGAACACAUUCGGAAGGAGACUAGCAGCGGUGUCGGUCAAGGAGAUGGAACCGCGAAAAAAGGUCUUCAUUUAUCGUAUGAGGAUCUACGCAAGGACAAAACUCGAGCCGAGGCCUACAAACAGCUACAAAGUGAAAACCGUGUCCAACCUGCUGCAACUAAAAAGCUAAAUGGUCCAACGUAUAUAAAUGGAAAUGGUCGGAAUGGAAAACCACAAUUAGUUAAUGUGGAUGUAAUGGCGGGUGACAGAGCUUCGCAGCAAAAUGGAAGAAAUACAACGGCACAAUAUGCGUACAAUCUAAUGAAUGGUCCAUUCAAAAACCUUCCUCCAGGCCAAGCAAAGAGCUGCUUAUACCUGAGUCAACAACAUAAUUUGUCUAAAUCUCAACGUUCAAUACAAUCAGACCAAGUAACUCUCUAUGGCCCGAGCGGUCGGCUUGGUCUGCAAUCGAAUCAACAAAAGCUACGACGUAGUACAAAACCACAGCUAGUACACAGAAUACCACCAGCAAACAAUAAUAAUCUGCAAACAAAAGUGAAUCUACCGAAGCGCAUGAAUCAAGAUAGUCCAAUGAAUGCCAAAUACCUCACAAAAAUGCCAAAUAAUCUCACAAAACACUUUGCAACUUCGCACCAUUCUACAUCCCAGAAUCAAACAAUUCAAAAUUAUUUUAAUCAAACCAUGCCUGUGCAUUUGCAGAGGGAGCGAAUUCCCACUGGCCAAAUUAAAAACACUACUUAUACCAAUCGUCCAACUGCAGAAUGCAUAAGUAAUAUUAGCAACUACAUCCAUAAUACAAAUUCAGUCUCUGGGUCGUUAGAUAAUCAUAAUAGAGUAAGAAGCGCAGUGUUGCGUGCUCAAACGGCCAAGAAUAAUUUGAGGCAUAGUGCUACUCAGAAACCAAUAGCAACAAUUAGAAAUUUCAGAUCUCUAAAUACCUACAAUCAAAGUCAUGGGACUAUCACAGCCUCUGCAUAUAAAGAUUUGAGGAAUGGUAAUAUCCGGUGGUAAUUCACAAUCAGGAGGAUUUUGGAAAGAAGGUUUUUAACAUUUAUACUAAAUUAUCUUUCAUAUCACGUUUUCGUGAUACCUUUUUUUUCUCUUCAAAAAUGUACCAAACAUUGAAACUGGUAAAAAACGUGGAACAUGGGUUUUGAAAAUACAACAGUAAUCAGUAUAACCGCAAAAAACUUGAAAAGUAGCGGUUUUCGAUUGAAAAAAACUCAAGUACAACUAAAUCUUGAAAAGUCAAAGUAUUGUCGAACUACUGGAGUGACAUAAUUCUAAUGAAUUGUAUCUCAUUUUGUUCCUGGAAUAAUCCCGAACGAGUCGCGUGAGUUGAAUUUUCUCUUCAGUUCUCGGCUGGAAAAAAAAGUACGUAAUGAAAUACAUAACUGUUAUACCAGUAACCCUAUUGUAAGGCAAGACCCAUGUACAGAAUUAGUUUACCUAUAAAAUGAACCAUGUAUAGUUUUCUAAAAUUAUGUAAUACAGUUUAGGUAUUAUAUAAUUUGUACUACGUGUUAUUCUAACAAAGCUGUCGCUUAUGCAUACAUACAUUUGGUACAUUUUUGAAUCAAUCUUGGCAGCAUUCAAUUACAGAAAUUAACUGUGCCUCGAGAUAGCUCGAGGUGCCAUUGUUACUAAAUUUUUUAUAGAAACUUAAAAUUUUGAUAGAAGAAUAGAUGCUCAUAUACAGUUCGUGAUACCGAAAAGAUUUUCUAAUCAAAUUAUAUCUUUCCGAGUCCCAUUUCAAUUAAAUUUCGGCUCACAGAAAUACUUGAGUAACCUGGACUAAACUCUUAAGAGUGUUAACAUGGUAUGCAAAAAGUUUACACAAAUAGAAUUUUUCUCCACUUCUUAUGCGGAGUUUUAAUUAGAAUUUCUACCGAUAUCAUAAUUUCAUAAACAAUUUCGGUUCUGGUUCACGUCAGAGAUUUGAUUUUGUACAGAUUUUUCUCAGUACCGACGUUUUUAAAUAACGAAUCACUCUUCAUAACAAUAUAACUGAUUACAUUAUGUCAUUUGUCUCGCAACCCUCUUAUUAUUUGAUACUUGACACAAUUAGCUAAUACAUUAUUAAAAAUAGGGUACCUUGUAUGCAGAGCAUUAUUUAAAAUCAAGCUCAGAGUCCUCAAUUCUUUCACUCCAAGUUCACCAAUCCUUCUCAUGUGCCAUUUACAUUUCAUAUGUGUGUCAUGAUUCACCUCUUCAGCAAGAAGAUACAAGUAACGCACAAGCUGAUCGUGCCAUUGUGCACAAACUAACAAAUGUAAAAUACGGUUAAUGGAAUACGCGCAAAGUGUGACUAACAAGAACAGGAAAUAAAAAUUCGUAAUCAUUUUCAAAAUUCUUACACCGUCUUGCUAGAAUUGAGUCCCACUUUCCAGAUGAGUCUAGUAUGACCACUGUUUCUAAAGUUUGUUAUAAAUUCAGCCUCAAUUUUUGUAUAAUCCUGCUCUUUAAAACGAUGGCUCGUUAAAAAAAUGUUGAGUUCAGAUUCCAUGGUAAAUCACGACCGAAUCGUGACAGAAACGAUCUGGUUUUUGUAAGCAGCAUUUUGUAGAAAAGGCUUAAAUCAUAUCCAACACUGGAGAGAGGAAAUUGAAUUGUAAAUGUUUUUUGCAAAAAGCGCUACAGUUUUAAUAUGAGAUCUCAGAAUCAUAGUUCAAGCCUGCAACAUUAUUGUAGCACUUUUUGUAAAUCAGACCUUUACGUCAGUUUAUUUCACGAGGAAUACGACUAUAUACUUUGGACUGCACAGUGUUGUUUCUGUAUCCCUUGUAUAGCAGAAUUAUAAAACUAUUGUACAAAUUACAAAUGCAUAUUUAAUAUUAUGUAUAUGCCAUAAUAUUUGAAUAAUGCCUCUGCAUCUGUGUGAUAUAAGGUGUAAUUCAUGUAGGUAUUGUAUGAUAAUGCAGGAGGAUUUUAAUAUAAUGAAUCAAAGUAAGCAUCACAUUACAUCUCUAUAUUUAUUUGGGUAGUUGUUCACUUACGUUAUUUACACGUGUUAUACAUUUCACAAAUAUGAUACUUACAUCAUAUACAUAGGCAAAUAUCUCUUAUUUUAAAUUGCAGAAAUUUUCUACUCUGGGUGUAGGACUGAUGUUAAUUUUUAGAUUGUAAAACAGAAUGCAGCAAAGGUACAUACAUGCAUUUAUACUUAUGUGAAAACAUUUUAUCUAUAAAAUGUUAAAAUAUUUUUGAAUUCAACGCAGUCUUUUCUUCCUAUCUCGAUACCACCUACCAUAGUUAGCCUGCGGAACACAGGAAGGCUGUCCUUGUAGGGGCCAAAGGGAGUGAAGCUUGUUUUCCCUGCGUUCGCCGUCACGGAGUUACUUGAUAACUAUACAAGGGUUUGCCAUUUUCUACGUGUUGCUUUACGCCCUCCCAUGAUUAGCUAGUGUAUACAAUGGUCGUGUAGCCGCGUAGGAGGUGGUUCUCCCAUUGGAGUUAACAAGUGUCAGAUCUUG